CGGCGCGAGGGGGGCUUGCUGGCGACGACGAGGGCACGCAGCCACCCACUCUCCUUCGUCACUUGCGAUCGACGACGCGCCGUGCCCCCUUCCGGCUCCUACAACCGACAGCGAGAGCUACGAGCAGGUCUGCGAGCGACGACGAGGGCUGUGGGGGAAGGGAGGGGACAGGUUUGCGAGCAACGACGGCGAGAGCUGCGGGCGACGGGCCCUUGUGCAAGGGCUGCGAGUGACUGUUCAAGGCGAAGGGAAGAGGAAGAAGGAGGGGCGUUUCGCGUCGGUGGCGCCUCGGAGGAGGCGUCGCAGGCGUACGCGCCAGCCGCGGCGUCCGCGAGGUCUUAUUCGGACUGGCAGCGUAACCGGCCGCGGGGGAAGGCGAAGCGGAAGGAGGAGAGGCGGAGUCGUGAUGGCGGCGACGUCUGGUGCGCGCCUCGUGUUCCAUUUGCCUCCGAGGCGUCGGUGGACUGUGUUGUAUCGUACCGUCGGUUGGCGGGGAGCGGGCGGCGGGAUGCCGCCGACAGGACUCAUUCAGAGGUGAUCUUGAUGUUCCAGAGAAGAAUCUUGCUAGGAAGAAUGGACCUGUACGACCAGUACAGAGAUUGGCAACUCGAUGUUGAUAAUAUGUCUUAUGACGAGCUACUUGAGCUGGGGGAUAGAAUUGGGCACGUGAGCACUGGGCUGAAAGAGGAAGAGAUUAUAGGCAGUCUAAGGAAAGUUAAACACUCAUUUUUUUAUGCUUUAAAAAGAUUCUUCUCGACUGAAAUAGAUGGAAAAUGCAGCAUUUGUCAAGAAGAAUAUGAAGCUAAUGAUGAAAUUGGAGAGCUGGAUUGUGGUCAUAGCUAUCAUGUAUUUUGCAUUAAACAGUGGCUUCUACAGAAAAAUGUUUGUCCUGUUAGCAAGACUUCUGUUCCUAGAACUUAGUGAUGCAGUUUAUUGAGGCAGGUUCCAUCCUUUCUUCA